AUAAUUUCUUAUAAUUCUCGUAUUUCAUAUAUUUAUCUAUAUAUAGCUUCUAUUUUCCUAAUUUUUUCCUUUAUAUUUCUUACUCUAAAUUUUAUUUGUUUAAAAUACAAUCAAUAUUUUAUUAUUGAAUUUCCUAUUAAUAAUAGUUUACUAUUUUUAGAUCUUAAUCUAUUUAUUUUAAUUGAUUGAAUUAGUUCCUUAUUUCUAUUUAUUGUUUAUUUUAUUAGUAGAAUAAUUAUUUUUUAUUCUAAUGUUUAUAUAAUAAAAACAGAGAAAAAAAAAUUUCUUAUUUUAAUUACUUGAUUUAUUAUUUCUAUAUCUAUACUAAUUUCCUGUCCUAAUCUUAUUAUUGCUAUUUUAGGCUGAGAUUUUUUAGGUCUAUCUUCUUAUUGUUUAAUUAUUUUUUACAAUAAUGAAUCUUCUAAUGCUGCAGGUAUAAUUACUUUCAUAACAAACCGAUUAGGAGACUCAGGAUUUAUUAUAGGUUUAAUUAUAAUAACUAACUUCUACUCCUGAAAUAUAAUUGAUCUUAUAAACGAAAAAAAUCCAUUAUAUUUUAUUAUUAUUCUUUUACUUUUAAGAGCCCUAACUAAAAGAGCCCAAUUACCCUUUUCUUAUUGAUUACCUGCAGCUAUAGCUGCUCCUACACCUGUUUCUGCAUUAGUUCAUUCUUCUACACUAGUUACAGCUGGUGUUUAUCUUUUAAUACGUUUUAAUUUAUUUUUUAGAAAUAAUAUUAUAAGUGAACUUCUUAUAAUUAUUAGAGCAUUAACCCUUUUUAUAGCAAGUUUAAACGCUUUAUUUGAACUAGAUAUAAAAAAAAUUAUUGCUUUUUCUACUCUUAGCCAACUAAGUAUUAUAAUACUAAUAAUUGCUAUAAAUAAAUAUGAAUUAGCAUUUAUUCAUCUUUCUACGCAUGCUAUUUUUAAAGCUAUACUCUUUAUAAGAGCAGGUAUUAUUAUUCAUAAUUCUAAUAAUUGACAAGAUAUUCGUCAUAUAUAUUUAUUAAAUAAUAUUAGACCUUUUAUUACUAAAAUAAUAAUAUUAGCUAAUCUAUCUCUUAUAGGUUUUCCCUUUUUAAGAGGUUUCUACUCUAAAGAUAUAAUCCUAGAAAUAUUAUAUACUACUAAUAAUUCUUUUAUUAUUAUAAUUUUUAUUAUUUCAAGAACUUUUAUAACUAUUCUUUAUAGUUUACGAUUUAUAUAUUAUUUAAUAAAAAUAGAAAUUAUAAAUUCAACUAAUAAUUUUAGCGAAAAUCCCUUUAUAACUAUUCCUUUAAUUAUCAUAGGUUUAGUAGUUAUUUUCCUAGGAUGUUUCCUUAGAUGAACUUUAAUUCCUAACCCUCAAUUUAUUUUUAUAAAAUUUCAUAUUAAAAUUAUUAAUUUAUUAAUUUUAUUUAUUUCCUUAUAUCUUUAUUAUAUUUGAACUAAUACUUCUAUCUUUAUUUCUAAUAAAAAUAUAUUUUUUUAUAAUUUUUGUAGAAAAAUAUGAUUUAUAGAAAAUACAAGCUGACUUUUUCUUCCUUUUCUUAAAAGUUCCAAAUUUUUAAAUAAAAAUACAGAAUUCUGAUUAGAAUCAUCUAACUCCCUUUUUUUAAACAAAAAUAUAAGAAAAUUCAAUCUCUUUUUAUCAUUAUUUCAAAUUAAUUCUAUUAAUAACUUAAUAAAAAUUUCAUUUGUUAUUAUUAUUAUUUACUUUUUGUAUUAG